AUGUCCCAGCCUGGUACCCCAGUAGCAUACUACCAAACUUUAUAUCAUCAUCCGGGCACUCCACAAAUGACUCCACAGUCACCUGCCAGCUCGGUGCGUUCAGUAGGAAGCUUCGCUCCUAUAGGCUAUCCACAGGCUUAUGCGCCGCCGAUACAGUCACCAGUCUACACUGGAGUAGGAGGGCCUUAUGCAUCACCCCUUUCACAAUCUGUCCCUCAGCAACAAGGCUCUAUGGGGGAGUAUGCUCCUCCAGUUUACCAGCUACCAUAUGGGGCAAUACCCCAGCAACAACAGCAGGCAUAUAUGCAAUCACCGAUGAAAAUGGGAGCACCAAUGGUACUGCAAAGGGAUCCGUCUGGGAAUAUGAUAUUACCACCGGUCGGGUAUUUCGUAAGGGACGCGGAAAACGUUGAUCCUGAUAAUCUAUGUUACGCUGACAUUCGUCAGAGCAAACCGGAGCCGCCUAGCACUGGGGACAGCCUUCUAUCGGCAUCGUCAAUAUAUAGGAGUCCACCUGAAACACGAUUCCAAUCUGGCUAUGCUAAUGCAGAGCACCAGCAACAUGGAGAAGGACCGAGACGUCAUCAUCACCACCAUCGUAAACAUGUUCAGCAAACGACGAUUCAACAGGAGCAGCAGGGGCACGAAGAGAGCGGAAACACUUUAAGAACACUGUUACAAGAGCUGGAUGAGGAGGAUGAGAACUGCAUAUUUAUUGUACGACGCAUACACAAGUUUGGGUUCAAGUCGCCGGUGUUUUUACGAGAAUAUUUUGAAGGAUAUGGACAAGUUUGUAAGGUGCUGGUGGCGCAUUCAAGGCAAUUGCAACCCGGACCGCAUGAUACGACGAGAACCCGAUCGCGGCCAGCCUCUCUUGGUUUCGUUCUCAUGGGCGCCUCUGAAUCGGUACAGCGCAUUCUGGCUGACGGUCCUACGCAUAAGAUAGCUGAUGUUGAAAUUACGGUCCAUCAUUUUGAGAAUAGACACCCUGAGAAAGAUUCACAAGCGGAGUCCAGUCAAGACCAACAGCAUUCACAAUGAUUCCUAUUCUUCUCUAUUUUUUUUUCGUCGUUGUAAGUCGGAUCGUUACGUUAUUGAGCGAUCGAGACGCUACUAUGUAUACUAGAACGACCUCCGGCCGCGGUUGCCACUAAUACAAUUUACCGAUACCUUGUACGUGUACGGUAAAUGAUUGACUUUAAUCUACAAAACUUCGAUGAGCAUAAUUUUAAGGAUAAUAGCAUUUUUUAAGCCUUCUACUGUU